GGAACGCAAUUUCCUAUCAAAAUUUGGCAGUCCAAGUUGCGGUAAAGAUUCGCAGUAUUGAAAUGCUGCCGACAGUGAAAUUUCAUUAAAAUACAGUUUCUAAAAAACGAUUUUCUAUCGAACAAACGUAAUCGAGUUCAGUAUCGUCUGCUUCGACGGAGCUUCGUAGUUUUUUUUUAUUUUCGUUUCAUUAUAACGCAAAAUAUUGAAACGACAACUGUAACCGGCUGUAAAAGUUUUCAAUCAUGGCUAGUGUUUCUUAUCAAAUUGCAAAUCUGCUAGAAAAGAUGACAUCCACUGAUAAGGACUUUAGGUUUAUGGCAACCAAUGAUUUAAUGAGUGAACUCCAAAAAGAUAAUAUCAAACUAGAUGAUGAUUCAGAACGUAAAGUUGUAAAAAUGCUUCUAAAGCUAUUGGAGGACAAAAAUGGAGAAGUACAAAAUCUUGCUAUUUUCUUUGUAUUUGGACACGAUUACAGAAACGUGUCCGAUUUCAGUUUGGGCCCACUAGUCAAUAAGGUAAAGGAGUACCAAGUGGAAACUAUUGUAGAUGCCCUAUGUAUUAACAUGGUGUCAGAUAAAGAACAAUUAAGGGAUAUUUCCAGUAUUGGUUUGAAGACUGUAAUAUCUGAGCUUCCUUUGGGAUCCAGUGCACUUGUUGCGAAUGUUUGUAAACGAAUAACAGGCCGACUAAGUAGUGCUAUAGAAAAACAGGAGGAUGUAUCUGUACAACUCGAAGCACUCGAUAUUAUGGCCGACUUAUUGUCCCGAUUCGGUGCUUUGCUAAUUACGUUCCAUUCCACUAUUUUGGCCGCAUUGUUGCCGCAACUUUCUUCUCCUCGUCAAGCAGUACGAAAGCGUACUAUAAUAGCGCUGAGCCAUCUUUUGACUUCAAGCAACAAUUAUUUGUACAAUAAACUUGUAGAUCAUUUACUCGAAGGUCUUUAUACUCAAACAGCGAAAAAUGUAAUACUUUCUCACUUAGUUUCAUUGUUAAAUUUCAGUCGUCAAGCAGGGCACAGAUUUGGAGAGCAAAUAGAAAAAGUUAUGCCACUAAUUGUACAGUAUAGCAAUGAAGAUGACGAUGAACUAAGGGAGUAUUGUUUGCAAGCAUUUGAAUCUUUUGUAUACAGAUGUCCUAAAGAAAUUACUCCGCAUAUAAAUAAAAUUAUAGAAAUUUGUUUGGUUUACAUCACAUAUGAUCCAAAUUACAAUUAUGAUGAUGACAUGAACGAUAUGUCUGAUGGAGAAGAUGUUAUGAUGGAAGUAGAAGAAGAUGGAGAGGAGGAUGCAGAAGACGAAUAUUCAGAUGAUGAUGAUAUGAGUUGGAAAGUUCGCAGAGCAGCCGCAAAAUGUCUUGAAGCUGUUGUGUCUAGUAGACGAGAGCUUCUUCCCGAACUUUAUAAAGUUGUUUCUCCAGCUCUGAUUUCAAGAUUUAAAGAAAGAGAGGAAAAUGUAAAAUCUGAUAUUUUUCAUGCAUAUAUUGCGCUUCUAAGACAAACAAGACCAGCUGCUGGCGUAGUUCUUGAUCCGGAUGCAAUGGAAGAUGAUGAUGGACCGAUUGCAUUGUUACAGCAACAAGUCCCAUUGAUCGUAAAAGCUGUCCACCGUCAAAUGAAAGAGAAAAGCAUUAAAACGAGACAAGAUUGCUUCUCACUGCUGAAAGAAUUAGUGCUUGUAUUGCCCGGUGCUUUAAGUAAUCACAUACCUGCUUUGAUACCUGGUAUACAAUACUCUUUAGGGGACAAAAAUUCUUCAUCCAAUAUGAAAAUUGAUGCAUUGGCAUUUGUACAUACGUUAUUAAUAACCCACCAACCAGAAGUAUUCCACGCUCAUAUGGCAGUAUUAGCACCGCCGAUUAUAGCAGCUGUCGGAGAUUCUUUUUAUAAAAUUACAGCCGAAGCAUUGUUGGUAUUACAGCAACUUGUUCAAGUAAUCAGACCACAUGAUAAAUCGUGUUAUUUCGAUUUUACAUCGUUAUCUGGGGAGAUAUAUCGUUGCACAUUAAUGAGAUUGAGAACAGCGGAUAUUGAUCAAGAAGUAAAAGAAAGAGCGAUCGCUUGCAUGGGUCAAAUUCUUGCGCAUUUUGGAGAUACACUGUCUGAUGAAUUGCACGUAUGCCUUCCUAUAUUCCUGGAUAGACUUCGUAAUGAAAUCACUCGGCUUACAACAGUAAAAGCUUUGACUUGUAUAGCCUCAUCUCCUCUGAGAGUAGAUCUUAAUCAAAUUAUGGAAGAAGCAAUUCCAAUUCUUGGAUCUUUCCUGAGAAAAAAUCAGCGAGCUUUAAAAUUAUGUUCUCUUCCACUUUUAGAUACAUUGGUUCGAAAUUAUAGCUCCACCCUUCACACCGAUUUAUUGGACAAGGUCACUACAGAAUUACCAGCGUUAUUAAACGAGACUGAUUUACAUAUUGCACAAUUGACUCUUAAUCUUCUCACUACUAUAGCAAAGUUACAUCCAGUCGCUCUUACAAGAGUUUCUGAUAACAUCCUUCCAGAAAUAUUAGUUUUGGUGAAGUCUCCACUUCUUCAGGGGGUGGCUUUGAAUUCGAUGUUAGAAUUUUUCCAAGCAUUAGUACAAGCAGAUAUACCAGGUCUUGGUUACAGAGAACUACUCUCAAUGUUAUUAGCUCCUGUCAGUCAAUCCGUACUUCACAAACAAGCUUAUCAUUCCCUCGCAAAAUGUGCAGCUGCAUUAACAAUCACCUGGCAUCAAGAAGCUCAAGCGGUAGUUGAGCAAUUUUUAAAAGAUGUUCAAAAUCCUCAGAGUGAUGCGCAGCAUAUUUUUGCAUUAUUGGUUAUUGGUGAAAUAGGUAGACACGUGGAUUUGAGUGGCAUUAGUUCUCUAAAGCAUAUCAUUUUGAAUUCAUUUUCUUCCCAUUCGGAGGAAGUAAAGUCAGCAGCUAGUUAUACAUUAGGUAACAUAGCGGUUGGUAAUCUUCCAAAAUAUUUACCAUUUAUAUUGAAAGAAAUUGAGGCACAACCAAAGCGUCAGUAUCUUCUUCUACAUUCGUUGAAAGAGAUAAUUACAUGUCAGUCUGCUAGUCCAUCCGGGGUAACUCAUUUGCAAAACUUCGUACCUUCGAUCUGGAUGCUUUUAUAUAGGCAUUGCGAAUGCACAGAAGAAGGUACCCGUAACGUUGUAGCGGAAUGCCUAGGAAAACUUACUUUAAUCGAUCCUGCUACUUUGUUGCCAAGAUUACAAGAAUCGUUAAAAUCAACAUCUGCGCUUUUAAGAACCACUACAGUUACAGCUGUUAAAUUCACUAUUUCUGACCAGCCACAACAAAUCGAUGCUAUGUUAAAACAACGUAUGGAUAGUUUCUUAGUUGCUUUGGAAGAUCCUGAUCUGAAUGUCAGAAGGGUAGCUUUAGUUGCAUUUAAUUCAGCAGCUCACAAUAAACCAAUGCUCAUAAGAGAUUUAUUAGACUCGGUGUUACCACAUCUUUAUGCUGAAACUAAGAUUAAGAAAGAAUUAAUAAGGGAAGUGGAAAUGGGUCCAUUUAAACAUACAGUCGAUGAUGGUUUAGACCUCAGAAAAGCAGCAUUUGAAUGCAUGUACACAUUGCUCGACUCUUGUCUCGAUCGUCUUGAUGUUUUCGAAUUCUUAAAUCACGUUGAAAAUGGUCUUAGAGACCAUUAUGACAUUAAGAUGUUAACUUAUCUAAUGACUGCGAGACUUGCUCAGUUAUGUCCCACGGCAGUUUUGCAGAGGCUAGAACGAUUAGUUGAACCAUUGAAAAGUACUUGUACAAUGAAGGUAAAAGCGAAUUCUGUGAAACAGGAAUACGAAAAACAAGAUGAACUGAAACGUUCGGCAUUAAGAGCUGUAGCAGCGUUAUUAACUAUUCCAGAUGCUGACAAAAAUCCAUCGUUAAGCGAAUUUGUUACACAGAUCAAAUCAACGCCCGAAUUACAACCACUUUUCGAUAUAAUUCAAAAAGAUUGUAUUGGCAGUAGCGUGAAUGAAACCAAUGUCAUGGAUCAAAGCUAAAAUAUCUAUGACUUACUUUUUGUAUUUCACAUAGAUUGCUGUUAGCUAAGCAUCCACGGUCAUAUUAUUCAUAGUUUAUUUCUAUACGUUAUUUUUUCAUUAUUAUCUUCGAUCUGAAUUGUAGUUUGAGAUGAAUGUGAUUUCAUGUAAUACACCAUGUAUAAAUUAUAAAAUAAAUUUGCCAAUUGUAAGCAUCUUACAAUAACGAUUUUUCCUUUAACAAUAAAAAGAAAAUUUCUAGUCUGGU